AUAUUUAGUAUCUUUGCGCUUUUACUGUAUUAUAAUUUGAGGGGAGGGGAAGAGGAGGGUUGAAUUGGGGGGAUGAUUGGGUAGAACAAUGCACUUGUUACUUAAUUUUCCAUUUACAAGGGCGUUAGGCUAUAGAUGUCCCCAGUCCUGCCUAUCUUCCUUGGGCGUUAUAAAUAGUAAAGGUUAAUUAGUUAGGUACGAAAUUCGAUCAGGGGCGGGCAGUUAGAAUUUGAUACAAAGACAGGUAACUCAAGCAAUCCCUAUUGUCACCACAAUCAGACCUAUAUAAAUCCGCCUUGACGGACAGCAGUCACCACAUAGCCUUACUUCUCUUUUUGAACACCAGCUUUACUUCUCUUUUUGAACACUAGCCGGGCGAGAACCUCAAAGCGGAUUAAAAUGUCUCUCACAUCUAUCCUUUCCGCUGAUGCAAUCGAGAAUGCUCUCAAGGACUGCCAAGCACCGGACUCCUUCAACUCCAAGAAGUUCUUCCAGCUGUGUGGUCUCAGCAAGAAGAGCCCUCAGGAUGUGAAGAAUGUUUUCGGCAUCCUUGACAACGAUGCAAGUGGCUUUAUUGAGGAAGAGGAACUCAAGUUCUUCCUUCAGAGGUUCUCUCCUGGGGCUCGUGUUCUGACUGACAAAGAAACCAAAGCCUUCCUGUGUGCAGCUGACGAUGAUAGUGAUGGCAAGAUCGGAGUUGAUGAGUUCCAGGCCAUGGUCCUGUCCUAAACAACUGGACCCCACUCCUCCAUCUCCUAAUCUUACUUCAGCACUAGCACUUAGUACAUAGUUUUCCACCCUCCAUCUGCUUAGAAACAUGUAUUCUUUUCUUUCUCCUUUUUUUUUGAAAGUCGCUGGUCUACAGACACCCACACACUCACAAAGUUUUACUUUUUUGUUUUGCAUAUGUUUUAGAAAGUCUAAGUAGCUACAUUUCCCAAUGUACCUCAAACUAAAUUACUGAGAAAAUAAACAAAUAAAAUCCA